UGCGUUCAGGUGGUUUGGUGCUUUUAAAACAUGUGACUCUUUCACCGUUACAGAGCCUAAUCCGUCAUGUAUUUUAAAUCAACUGUUUUAAGAUGUCUUUAUUUAUGAACGAGGUCACUACAUAGGCGAUCUGAUUUUUGGAAGCAAAGAACCCGGCAAAUUAGGCCAGCAUUUAUGAUCAGUGUUAAGGGUUGAACUACGACAUGUAAUUGUUUCACUCAUGAAAAGUUAAUAAGAGUAGUUUUCUGUACGCGAACAACGAGUUGUUAUUCGAUGGCGCUCACAUACGACGGUGAAUUUCCAAGGGACAAUACGUUGGCUUUGCUAAUCGGCUAACUUGCUAUCUUUGGAUGUGAGCUGCGUUGAAACUAGCUCGUCCCCAGCUAAUUCAGGCUACGAUGAGUUGAGCGUUCAACUGUAAUUGGUUUUAAUUUUAGUUGUACAGUAUUUACAACUGAUUUUUCAAGGCAAGGCAAGCCGUAAGAGUUAGUUGUCCAGUUACCAUUUACAUUUAUCUUUCUGUUUCCUUUUACACGUAGUCGUAAAUGAGUUCAUGACUUAAAUUAUUCUUGAAUAUUUUAACUUUUACGAGGAUCGAAACUGCUGGAGAGUAGAAUGGUAAUAAGAACUUGAGGAGAUUCGCAGAUCUGGAAUGAAAAAUUUCAGAAACAUUCAAGUUGAUGACUCUAACCUAUUGUCAUGGCAAGGCCUUAUUGUCCCUGACAACCCUCCCUAUGACAAAGGCGCAUUCAGGAUUGAAAUCAUUUUCCCCACCGAGUACCCUUUCAAGCCUCCCAAGAUUACAUUCAAAACAAAGAUUUAUCACCCGAACAUUGACGAGAAGGGGCAGGUGUGUUUGCCUGUUAUCAGUGCAGAGAACUGGAAGCCAGCCACCAAAACUGACCAAGUUAUUCAGUCCCUCAUUGCACUUGUGAAUGACCCACAGCCAGAGCAUCCCUUGAGGGCAGACCUAGCAGAAGAAUACUCAAAAGACCGUAAAAAAUUCUUGAAGAAUGCUGAAGAGUUUACAAAGAAGCAUGGCGAAAAACGGCCAAUGGACUGAUUACUUAAGCGUAUAGCCUUCUGUCUCUUUCACCCUUACCUCUUACUUUCUCAAGUAAAUAUCAUUCUUCCUAUCUGGCUGUCCUCAAUCUCAAUCUCCCUCAUACCAUCUUUCUCAUUCACCUUCCUCUUUUGCUCCCCACAUAAAACGGCCCAUCUGAAGCAGACAGUGGCAGCCUCAGCCUCCCUUCACAUCUGCUCUGUGGAUCAGACCACUUCCUGUGUCCUACCCAGCCAUAGAUUUCCUUCACUAACUUUCAACUCUUAAAGUAAAAAUGGGGAAAAAAAAAGGCUCAAACAUGGAGAGUUGAAUAGGAAUACUCUAAUAAUGUGUUUUUGUUUGCUUUUGUUCUAUAAAAUAUAGGGAGCUAGAGAUUUUAAAUUUUUUUUGCUGAUCUUAAAAACUGGUUAAUUACUCAUUUUCUUUGCCACAGUAACAAAUCAAGGGAAAGAGAAAUCUUGGAAUUUUUUUUGUUUUUAAUUUUCCACUCUCUGUCAGACUGCGUGUUUCUCUUACUGACCUCCACUGCUUCUAGAUUUGCACUGUAAUCUGUGGAAUAAUCCCACAUUUCCCCAUGCCCAGUUUGUAACCCAUUGAGCAGAGGCAAACCAUUGUUCUCCCACAUGUGAAUUGAAUUGUUAUAAAAGUUAUUCAGUACUUGUCAAAAAGGUCUCUCCAAAUAUAUUCUCAGCUGUCUCCUUUUUUUAAAAAAAAGUUUCACAUGUACUUAUGGGUUUGAUUAAUUGAAUCAAAACACUUGUUCAGUGUGAAAAAGAUUUUUCCCUGACAAAUGCCUUGUAAUAUUGUUUUAAUUACAAAAAACCUUUUGAUUGUCACUUUGACAUAAAAUUGUCAAAGUAGGAACUGCCUGUUUAACUUUAUUACUGUUCAUCUUGCACUCCUAGGUACCAGUUUUAACUAUUUUCAUUUAAUACACUUCUUUUAACACAUU